AUGGAUGAAGCAAAUAAUUCUGUGGUCUCAGAAUUUGUCCUGUUGGGUCUUUGCAAUUCACGGCAACUCCAGAUCUUCUUGUUUUUAUUGUUUUCUGUUCUUUACUUGACCAUCAUUUUAGGCAACAUCCUCAUUAUUCUCUCGGUUAUUAAUGAUCCUAAUCUCCACUCUCCUAUGUAUUUUUUAUUGGCCAAUCUCUCUUUUAUUGAUUUGUGGCUUUCUUCAGUCACAACACCAAAGAUGAUUAUAGAUUUUCUUAGAGAAAGCAAAACCAUCUCCUUUGGUGGCUGCCUGUGCCAGAUCUUCUUUGGGCAUUUUGUUGGAGGGGGUGAGAUGGUGCUGCUUGUAGCCAUGGCGUAUGACCGCUAUGUGGCCAUAUGCAAGCCACUCUACUAUACAACUAUCAUGAAUCAAAAAAGAUGCAUUGGGCUUGUGGUAAUUUCAUGGGCUGUUGGGUUUGUGCAUUCAGUGAGUCAAUUGGCUAUCAUCAUAGAUAUGACUUUCUGUGGCUCUAAAAAGAUGGACAGCUUUUUUUGUGACCUCCCAUUGGUGAUUGAACUUGCAUGUAUGGAUGCUCAUGUCCUACGACUAAUAGUAAAUAUUGAUAGUGGAAUCCUUGCCUUGAUUUGUUUUUUUCUCUUGCUGAUUUCCUAUGCCCAUAUCCUACUAACUGUCUGUCAUCACUCCAUGGAUGGAUCAACCAAGGCAUUAUCCACCUGUACUGCUCACAUUAUGGUUAUAGUGAUAUUCUUUGGACCCUGCAUCUUCAUCUAUCUGUGGCCACUCAAAAUUGCCUCAGUGGAUAAGUUUCUUGCAGUGUUUUAUACAGUCUUUACACCUCUAUUGAACCCUGCCAUAUAUACCCUGAGAAACAAAGAGAUGAAGGUUGCUUUGAAGAAAUGGGGAAGUCAGUAUGUAAACUUUAAGAGGAAUUCUUAG